AUGGACGCAGAUGAGGGGGAAUCGUCUAGCAGCGGCCCCAUAUCGACUUUAAACAGCCUUUUUUCCUUCACCAGUCCCGCCGUUAAGAAACUGUUGGGCUGGAAGCAAGGCGAUGAAGAGGAAAAAUGGGCCGAGAAAGCGGUCGAUAGUCUAGUGAAGAAGCUAAAGAAACGAAAGGGAGCCAUCGAGGAACUGGAGAGGGCGCUAUCCUGUCCUGGAACCCCCAGCAAAUGCGUGACAAUACCGCGAAGUUUAGACGGCAGAUUACAAAUAUCCCAUCGCAAGGGUCUACCGCACGUCAUAUAUUGCAGAGUGUGGCGAUGGCCGGAUUUACAGAACCACCACGAGCUGAAACCGUUGGAGCAUUGCCAAUACCCGUUCUCGGCCAAACACAAAGAAGUCUGCAUCAAUCCCUAUCAUUACAAGCGCGUAGAGAGUCCCGUAUUGCCGCCCGUGCUGGUGCCGAGGCACAACGACUUCGUGCCGGGCCACUCGUUGCUGCCCUUCCAGCAACUGGUCGAGCCGAACAUGCCGCACAACAUCGGCUACUCGUCGAUAUCGAACGUCUCCAGUCCGGGCAGCGUCACCUCCAACAAUCCCCAAUCGCCGUACGCCAAUCUGGCCGAGACCCCGCCGCCCGCCUACAGUCCCACGGACGAGAACAACGCGAGCACCAACAACAACGCCAGCCCCGAGACGACGUUGCCGGCCGACGUGAAUUCCGUGCCCUACCAGGAGCAGCCCUACUGGGCGUCGAUCGCCUACUACGAGUUGAAUUGCCGCGUGGGCGAGAUGUUCAGGUGCCAUUCGACGUCGGUGAUCGUGGACGGUUUCACCGAUCCGAGCAACAACAGCGACCGUUUCUGCUUGGGCCAAUUGAGCAACGUCAAUCGAAAUUCGACGAUCGAAAAUACGCGGCGCCACAUCGGGCGCGGCGUGCAUUUGUACUACGUCAACGGCGAGGUGUACGCCGAGUGUCUGUCGGACGCGCCGAUAUUCGUGCAAUCGAGGAACUGCAACCACCAUCACGGCUUCCAUCCGUCGACGGUGUGCAAAAUACCGGCCGGUUGUUCGUUGAGGAUAUUCAACAACGCCGAAUUCGCUCAGUUACUGUCGCAGUGCGUCAAUCACGGUUUCGAGGCCGUGUACGAACUCACCAAAAUGUGCACGAUCCGGAUGAGCUUCGUGAAGGGCUGGGGCGCCGAAUACCAUCGGCAGGACGUCACCAGCACGCCCUGUUGGAUCGAGGUGCACCUCAACGGGCCAUUGCAAUGGUUAGAUAAGGUUUUGACGCAGAUGGGGGCGCCGCACAACGCCAUCAGUUCCGUUUCUUAA